UCCAGCCUUCUGCUGCUCUUCGCUCAGUCCAUGUCCUGGCCGUCUGCUCGAACACACAAUUAGUCUAUCAGCUCAGGCGGACACAACAGCGAAGAGGUUUCUUUUCUUCUGCUCUAUUUCCGGGACCGGAUCAUACUCUACCGAGUUUGGGAAAAGAAGAUCUCUCAGAGAAGCAGAAUUCAGUGUACGGGUACACUACUUGAGUAUGAGCUUCUUGGGGCAACAGCAAGAGAAGGGGGUCGUUAGGGAUCCGGAUAUUGAGGAUCAGCAAAUUCACAUUAAAGCGGAAGUUAAGAUGUCAAAGAAGAAAACGAAAAAGAGGCAACUUCAAGAGUGGACUGUAAACAUUCUUCACCCAGAGGGAAAGUUCCUCCGAAUCUGGAAAUUGAUAUUCGUGUUUUCGGUAUCUGUGGACCCUUUGUUCUUUUACCUUCCGGUGAUUAAUGAUGAAAAAAAGUGCGUUGCUUUUGAUAAAAGAUUACACAUCAUAAGUCUUUGUUUGCGAACUGUGCUGGACUCGAUUUCGCUUGUGAAAAUCAUUUUGCAAUUUUUUUGUCCUUACAUAGACGAGAACGCUCGUCUGAAAGGACAAGAUGGAGUAGUUACAGAUGCUUGGCCAAUAGCAAAGAGGUACUUGUGGUCACGCUCAUUCUCGAUUGAUGUCCUGUCAAUUCUUCCAAUCCCACAGGUGCUAGUUCCAAUUAUUUUUUCAGAAAUGAGAGGUUCCAAUGCUUUGAACACCAGAAAAAUGCUGAACGCUGUUGUCGUAUCCCAAUAUGUGCCAAGAAUAACUCGUAUCUAUCUGUCUUGGAGAAAAGUCAGGAAGAAUACAACCCUACCUCUAAUUAUCAUAGCGGUGAAAGCUGGAUUCAAUUUGUUUCUGUACACCGUUGCCAGUCAUGUACUGGGUGCGUUUUGGUACUUUUUCUCCAUACAACGAGAGACGGCUUGCUGGCACUUAGCGUGUGAAAAUUAUAAUGGAUGUAAUCGAAGUUCUUUGAACUGUGAUCACAGUUCUGGAAAUUACACAUUUUUAAAUGAUUAUUGUCCCGUAGAGAAAGAAAAUCCAACAAUGUUUGAUUUUGGAAUAUUCCUUGAAGCACUUCAAUCUGGUACGGUGGCAUCCAUGAAUUUUCCGCGGAAGUUCUUGUACUGUUUUUGGUGGGGCCUGCGAAAUUUGAGUUCUCUUGGUCAAAUCCUUCAAACAAGUCCCUAUUUCUGGGAAAACUGCUUCACAGUUUUGAUUUCGAUCUUUGGCUUGCUUCUAUUUUUGUACUUCAUCGGAAAUUUGCAGAUGUAUAUGCAGUGGGAGACACAGAAACAGUUGAAGACAUACAUGGAUGAGAAUGAUAUUGCAAAGAUGAGAGGUGCCCAUGUUCCAAAAAUCAAGUAACAGGCAAUUGCAACUCAUCUGCAAAUAUAUCAAGCAAGUGUACUACAGUCAAGAUACCUACAUUAUUCGGAAGGGAGAACCACUUGAUCGAAUGCUCUUCAUCA